AAGAAAUCCUUCAAAAGAAAAAAAGAGAAAGAAAUCCAAAAGCCUGCUAAAACCCAGAGAACGUCGUUACGUCCUUUAGAGAAGAGUGGGAAAAGCAGUAAUCAAAUCAAUGGAGAAAGUAGGAAGAGGAGGAGGAGAAAAGAGCAAUAAUGAGAAGAAGAAAGCUGCUGCUAAUAUAACUCUGGAGCAAUUCGUCUCCAUUAUGACCCCUUUAAUCGAUAUGGAAAAGGAAGCUGAGAUAUCUGCAUCAAUGAGCUCUGGUGCAACAAGGAAUUUGGAGACUUCUCAGAAGAAGGGAUCCACUAUUCUUAAUUUGAAGUGCGUAGAUGUUCAGACAGGGCUAAUGGGCAAGACUCUUCUGGAGUUGCAGUCCAAUAAAGGGGAUGUUCUUCCUGCUCACAAAUUUGGCCCCCAUGAUGUUGUGAUUUUGAAGCCAAACAAGGCUGACCCCGGCUCUCCUUCCCUUGGACAGGGUGUUGUUUACAGACUUAAGGAUUCAUCUAUUACGGUGGCUUUUGAUGACAUACCUGAAGAUGGUUUAAAUAGUCCUCUACGCCUAGAGAAAGUGGCAAAUGAGGUUACAUAUCGGCGGAUGAAAGACACAUUAGUACAAUUGAGUAAAGGAGUGCAAAAGGGCCCUGCUGCUGACUUGGUUCCUGUAUUGUUUGGAGAGAGGCCACCUAUGAUAGCAAAAAAGGAUGCCAAAAUCACCCCUUAUAAUGCUAACCUUGAUCAUUCUCAGAAAGCUGCCAUUUCAAAGGCUCUUUCAUCCAAGGACCUUUUCUUGUUGCAUGGACCUCCUGGUACAGGGAAAACUACUACAGUGGUGGAAAUUAUCUUACAAGAAGUGAAACGUGGAUCAAAGAUUCUUGCUUGUGCUGCUUCAAACAUUGCUGUGGAUAACAUUGUUGAGCGACUAGUCCCUCAUAGGGUAAAGUUGGUAAGAUUUGGGCACCCGGCACGUUUACUUCCACAAGUAUUAGAGAGUGCUCUAGACGCACAGGUUCUUCGUGGGGAUAAUAGUGCUCUUGCAAAUGACAUCCGCAAGGAGAUGAAGGCCCUGAAUGGGAAACUGUUAAAAGCCAAGGAUAGAAACACAAAAAGGGAUAUUAAGAGGGAGCUCAAGGCUCUUUCGAAAGAAGAACGCAAAAGGCAGCAGCUUGCUGUGACAGAUGUAAUUAAAAAUGCUGAUGUGGUGUUGACGACCUUGACUGGCUCAUUGUCUAAAAAAUUGGAUGGUACUUCAUUUGAUUUGGUUAUCAUUGAUGAAGCUGCUCAGGCACUUGAAAUAGCGUGUUGGAUUGCUUUGCUGAAGGGGUCAAGGUGUAUUCUUGCAGGUGAUCAUCUCCAGCUUCCUCCAACCAUUCAAAGUGUCGAUGCCGAGAAGAAAGGACUAGGGAGAACACUUUUUGAACGACUUGCUGGAUUAUAUGGAAAUGAAGUCAUGUCCAUGCUCACUGUCCAGUACCGCAUGCAUGAACUUAUUAUGAACUGGUCAUCUCAAGAGCUUUAUGACAGUAAGAUUAAAGCCCACCCAAGCGUUGCUGCACAUAUGCUAUAUGAUCUUGAUAGUGUGAAUAAGACACCUACAACCGAGUCAACCCUUCUUAUCAUAGACAUAGCUGGUUGUGACAUGGAAGAAAAGAAGGAUGAGGAAGAUAGCACAUUAAAUGAGGGUGAAGCUGAGAUUUCCAUAGCCCAUGCAAGAAGACUUGUUCAGAGUGGGGUUCAAGCUUCAGAUAUUGGUAUUAUUACACCUUAUGCAGCACAGGUUGUCUUCUUGAAGAUGUUGAAAUGCAAUCACGACAAACUAAAAGAUAUGGAGAUCUCUACUGUUGAUGGCUUCCAGGGUCGAGAAAAAGAAGCCAUCAUCAUUUCAAUGGUUCGGUCAAACUCAAAGAAAGAGGUGGGAUUUCUAAGUGACCGGCGAAGAAUGAAUGUUGCGGUGACACGGGCAAGGAGACAAUGUUGUCUCGUCUGUGACACUGAAACAGUAAGUAGUGACAAAUUUUUGAAGCGGAUGAUUGAAUACUUUGAAGAACAUGGUGAAUAUUUAAGUGCUUCAGAGUACGGAAAUGAAUAAGUGAAAAAGUUCCAUGAGAAUUUCCCUUGGUUGAUGUGAGAAAUAUAGUUCCAUAUUUAUAGGCGGCAUUAAUGCCAUAAUACUUUGUAAGAAAAUCACAUGGUGGCUUGCUGCAGAUCAGCUAUGACUUGAGAUUAAUUUAACAAUCAGCAGAAAGCAAAAGUAACUUUAUUAAAGGAAUUUAUGAUGAAUCUCUUCUUUUGUCAUAUUGGCUGGUUGUACGCC